AGUAUGGCUUCUAAACCAGGAAUUCUCACCGACUGGCCAUGGAAGUCUCUUGGAAGUUUGAAGUACCUAGUCCUGGCUCCUUGGGUCAUUCACAGCACAUACUCAUUUGUAACCAAAGAUGAGAGUGAAAGGAACCUUUCCAACCUUCUCAUAUUCCCAUUUCUGCUGUGGAGGAUGCUUCACAACCAGAUAUGGAUUAGCCUCUCUCGUUACUGGACUGCCAAAGGCAACAACUCCAUCGUCGACAAGGGCCUUGAAUUUGAACAAGUUGACAGGGAAAGCAACUGGGAUGACCAGAUAUUGUUGAAUGGAACAAUAUUCUACGCGGCCACAGUAAGCAAACUACUGCCCGGGACUUUAUACCUGCCGGCGUGGAAGACCGACGGGGUAAUUAUGGCAAUUCUGAUGCAUGCAGGCCCGGUGGAGUUCCUCUAUUACUGGUUCCACAGAGCAUUGCACCACCAUUACCUUUACUCUCGCUACCAUUCUCAUCACCAUUCCUCUAUUGUCACCGAGCCUAUAACUUCUGUGAUCCAUCCGUUUGCGGAACACUUGGUGUAUUUCAUACUGUUCGCAAUACCAAUGUUGACAACGUCGUUCACCGGAACUGCCUCGAUGACGUCCUUCUUCGGUUACGUCACAUAUAUUGAUUUCAUGAACAACUUGGGUCACUGCAAUUACGAGCUCAUUCCAAAGCGCCUCUUCUCCAUCUUUCCCCCGCUCAAGUACUUCAUGUAUACCCCCUCAUUUCACUCUUUGCAUCAUACACAAUUUCGCACAAAUUAUUCGCUUUUCAUGCCACUGUAUGACUACAUCUACGGCACCAUGGACAAAUCCACCGACGAAUUGUAUGAAACCUCACUGAAAAGGGAAGCAGAAUCGCCGGAUGUGGUGCACCUAACGCAUCUAACCACGCCGGAGUCCAUCUAUCAUCUCCGGCUUGGUUUUGCCUCCUUGGCCUCGAAGCCCCACACAUCAAAAUGGUACAUGUGGUUGAUUUGGCCUCUCACGUUGUUCUUCAUGAUGUUAACUUGGUUGUAUGGACGAACUUUCGUCGUUGAGAGGCACCGCCUUGAUAAGCUGAGAUUGCAGACUUGGGCCAUACCAAAGUACAGCAUUCAAUAUUUUUUGCAAUGGAAAAUUGAGUCUAUCAAUGGCUUGAUCGAGGAAGCCAUACUGGAAGCAGAGGCAGGAGGAGCUAAAGUGUUGAGCCUCGGUCUCUUAAAUCAGGGAGAGGAGCUUAAUAGAUAUGGUGAGCUUUAUGUAGAGAGACACCCUAAGCUAAGCGUCAAGGUGGUAGAUGGGAGCAGCAUGGCAGUUGCUGUUGUGCUAAACAGAAUUCCCAAAGGAACAACCGAAGUGGUCAUAAGAGGCAGAGUCACCAAGGUUGCAUAUGCCCUUGCCUUUACCUUAUGCCAAAGGGUUAUCGAGGUAGUUAUAUUACGAGAAGAUGAGUAUGUGAAGCUCAAGAAAUCGUUCAACUCCAAGUCCGAAACUAAAUUGUCCUUCUCAAGAAGUUAUGCUCAAAAGACUUGGUUAGUGGGAGAUGGACUGGAUGAGGAAGAACAGUUGAAGGCGCAGAAAGGAACACUAUUUAUUCCCUUCUCACAAUUCCCACCAAAGAAAUUGCGCAAGGACUGUUCCUACCACAGCACACCAGCAAUGGUGACUCCAAGGCAUCUUGAGAAUUUGCACUCUUGUGAGAAUUGGUUGCCAAGAAGAGUGAUGAGUGCAUGGCGUGUAGCUGGGAUUGUGCAUGCCUUAGAAGGAUGGGAUGAACAUGAGUGUGGUUACACAAUGUCCAACAUUGAGAAAGUUUGGCAAGCAACUCUUCGACAUGGAUUUCAACCUUUGAUGUUCCCAACUCAAUCAAAAUACUAGUAUAGCUUUAAUUAAAAUAUAAUGUAUUGUUAUAUCUAAUUAAUUA